CGCUGCUGGAGGACGGUUGCUUGGUAUUAUUAGCGAGCGGGAAGUAUGGCGGUGGCGCGCGUCGACGCGGCUUUGCCUCCUGGAGAAGGAUCAGUGGUCAAUUGGUCAGGGCAGGGGCUACAGAAAUUAAGUGGAAACUUACCCUGUGAAGCUGAUAUUCAUACUUUGAUUCUGGAUAAAAAUCAGAUUAUUAAAUUGGAAAAUCUUGAGAAAUACAGACAAUUAAUACAGUUGUCAGUGGCUAAUAAUCGGCUGGUGCGGAUGAUGGGUGUAGCCAAACUGACCCAACUCCGUGUGUUAAAUUUGCCUCAUAAUAGCAUUGGCUAUGUGGAAGGGCUAAAGGAACUAGUACAUUUGGAGUGGCUGAAUUUGGCAGGAAAUAAUAUCAAGGCCAUGGAACAAGUCAACAGCUGCCCAGCUCUACAGCACCUCGAUUUAUCAGACAAUAACUUAUCCCAGAUAGGUGAUCUAUCUAAGUUGGUAUCACUGAAGACCCUGCUUUUACAUGGAAAUAUCAUCACCUCUCUUAGAAUGGUACCAGCUUAUCUACCCAGAAGUCUUGCUAUCCUUUCUUUGGCGGAAAAUGAAAUUCGAGACUUAAAUGAGAUCUCUUUUUUGGCAUCCUUAACUGAAUUGGAACAGUUGUCGAUCAUGAGCAAUCCUUGUGUGAUGGCAACACCUUCCAUUCCAGGAUUCGACUAUCGGCCUUACAUCGUCAGCUGGUGCUUAAACCUCAGAGUCCUGGACGGAUACAUGAUUUCUCAGAAGGAAAGUUUGAAAGCUGAAUGGCUCUAUAGUCAAGGCAAGGGGAGAGCAUAUCGGCCUGGCCAGCACAUCCAGCUCGUCCAGUAUCUAGCUACAGUCUGUCCUCUCACUUCUACGCUGGGCCUUCAAACUGCAGAGGACGCCAAACUGGAGAAGAUUCUGAGCAAACAGAAGUUUCACCAGAGGCAGCUAAUGAACCAAAGUCAAAAUGAAGAGUUGUCUUGUCUUCCUCCUACGGAAACAAGGGCACUGGAGUGCUCGAGCCCCAUUCAAGAUUGCCAAAUCGUCCAGGAAAUCGACCCCGUCAUCCAAGUCAAUUCUUGGGUUGGGAUAAGCAAUAAUGAUGAUCAAUUAUAUGCUGUUAGGAGUAACUUUCCAGCCUCUGUACACACUACAAGGUAUUCUCGAAAUGACCUGCACUUGGAAGACAUACAGACAGAUGAGGACAAGUUGAACUGCAGUCUUCUCUCUUCAGAGUCUACUUUUAUGCCAGUUGCAUCAGGACUCUCCCCCGUAUCACCUAUAGUUGAGCUGAGGCUACAGGGCAUUCACUUGAGCCUGGAAGAUGGUGCAGUUGAAUCUGUAAAAGGGCAGGAAGACCAGGACUUGGAUAAAGAAGAGGAAAAAGCUUUUUGGGCUGCAAAUGCGAAUUCUGUUCAAAUGAUGAAAAGUGCAGUAGGUGCAGAGGUCAAUGAUAAAGAUGGGCUCUUACCUUGUCCUCAGCCAGCAGUAGCCAGUGCUGUCUUGAAAGGUGACACCCACAGUCUUCCAUCUUUUCCUGAGUCAGAUGGACACAGUGUCUUACAUACAAAACCAGAUAGUGAAGAAACCAUGUCUGAAACUCCUUCAGAGGAACUUCCCUGUGGGGUUAUAACCCAGAGAUCUGUUGCUUCGGGACAAGAUAAAGUUGCCCUUCAGAAAUUGAAUGAAGCAGCCACUACACUGCAGGCCUCUUGGCGGGGCUUUUAUGCUAGGAACUACAACCCCCAAGCUAAAGACGUCCGUUAUGAGAUCCGGCUGCGCAGAAUGCAGGAGCACAUCGUCUGCCUCACCAAUGAAGUAAGGAGAUUAAGAAAAGAAAGAGAUGAAGAGCGUAUUAAAAAUUUUGUACAAGAAGAAGCUGUCAGAUUCCUUUGGAACCAGGUAAGGUCUCUACAAGCAUGGCAACAGACUGUGGACCAGCGUCUAAGUUCCUGGCGUACUGAUGCUCCUCCUAUAUCCAGUACUCUGCUGCCAUCUGAACCUCUGUUAUUCACUCAAAGCCAGGAGCCAUCUUCUGAUCAAAAUUCUGAUUGGCUUGUUGCUCCUGAUGAAGCACUUCAAGAGAAAUCCUUACCAGAAUUUCCAGACUCUGGUUUUCAUUCCUCCCUAACAGAACAAGUUCCCUGUUUGCAGGAUUCUUUGGAUUUUGGAAAAAGUUCCAUAGAAAGCAGUGCAAGUUCAGUAAUGGGGAAUUCCAUUGACACAGUCAAAUGUUGCCAAGAGUCAGAUGUAGCAGAUGUUAGGGAGGAACAUGGUGAGUGGAAUAAGGAAAGCUCAAACAAUGAGCAGGAUAAUCUGCUUGAACAGUAUUUAACUUCUGUUCAACAGCUAGAAGAUGCAGAGGAGAGGACAGAUUUUGCUGAAGGGGCAGAAGAUAGUGCACUUCACAUGGCUUCUUCCCCGGAGAAGUUAGAUGCCUUGUCUGACAGUGCUUCUAUAGAUGAUACUCAUGGCAUAUCUCCUACUUUGCAAGAUGAAAUCAGCCAGACAUCAGAGAACUGUAAAUUAAAUGUAGAAGUUCAAGGGCAGCAGUCAGAAUGUGAUUCCACAUUUCAGUUAAGUGCCUCAUUUGCUGCCCAUUGUUAGACAAAGAAAAAUCAACUUGCACUCACUAAUACCAAAAGUACUGCCUCAUGGUUCAUUAAUUUCUCAUUAAGGCUCCAGAAAUGUCUGAGCUCAGUAUUGCCUAAGUAGGUUUCUGCUGACAUCUUGUCCCUCUUCUCUUUUUUUGAGCAAUGGCGAAACACAACUAAAUUCAUUUGAACAUGAGCGUUUGUUAGUAAGAUGUCCUUUUUUACCUUUGCCUUGUUUUUCUAGCUUAUAAAUAGUAUUCAGUGUACUUUUAUUUUAAAAUUGAAAGAAUAUGAUAAUGAUUAAUAUCUGCUCUUCAUUCUAUUUAACUUUACUAGUGUUUUGAAGUAUGUAUAAGAAUAUUAAGUAGCACCCUACCUUAACUCUACAGAUUAUCUUGAAUGUAGAUAGAAUGAAAAUAAUGUAAAUUAGAAUGCAGGAAAACUGUGGCAUAGAGUUAAUAUAUUUUAAUAAGUUUAUAGUGUAAUUUAAAAUAAUUUAUGUAACUAAGAUACUUGGUUUCUGACUAUGGGCUGUUCGUUGGUUGGGCUAGAGAGGGAAUGGAUGGAUCUACUAGAGUUUGGGAAGUUGAACUGUAACGUGGUCUUUGUGUUUCUCUUACAGGAGAGAUUUAGUUCACCUGUGCUUUCUUAGAUCCUAUUAGUUCUCUUGAUUUGUGGAAAAGUCAAUGUAUUAAGUAGAUAUUUAUGCAGAAGCACAAAAUCAUACCAUGUGAGAAUUGGAAGGAACCUUAGAGAUUAUUCCUUCUAAUAUCAUUGUUUUAAAGAUGCAACUAAGGCACAGGGAGGUUAAGUUACUUGUCUGACGUUAUAGCUACUUGGUAAUGAAUAAACUGAAAACUGAAAAGUUAUUGUGUUCCAGAUGUUUAUUCUACACUAAUAUUAAUCUUUAC